AUGAAUAGACAACUCGUGCAGAUGUUUAGAAAAUAAUUCUUUUAAGUACCAAAAUACUUUGCAUCGAAUGAACAACCAAUCAUUUUGAGAAAUGAAAAAUCUGGCUAUUAUGUGAAUCCAGAAGAUGUUGCCCGUCGAAUGAUAAAGGUGAUUAGCUUACAUGACGACGUAAAGAAUCCCUCUGGAAUCACUCUACAAUCUACAUGGACUGACAUCGGUUUGUCAGACAUGGCCUACGUAGAGGUAAUGGUAGAAGUUGAAAGAGAGUUUGAAAUAGAAUUUCCAGAUAUUGAUGUAGAGUGUUUCAGAACUGUCAAUGACGCUGUAGAGUAUGUGGCAAGAAGCUUCUUCGCUGUUUGAUUUAAGCACAUAUGAUAUAAUAAAACACAAUGCUAAUAUUCUUAAUAAUUAGUGUAA